AUGCAAUGUACUUACGAGGACGACUCUAAGCCUACCUGGACAUAUCGAAUUGCAUCCUUGCCCACUAAUCUCGAAGAUGGAACUUCGGCUGUUGCUGGUGGAGCUAACAUACGCCCGCGAAGUGACUUGCUUGGUCAAAGUAGUGAUCAACUGGUGAAAGACGAUGCAAGUGGACUCCAGCCGCAGUCGUACAGUCACGGUUUUCCUCCCGUGGAAGAUUCCUCCUUAUCUUGGCUGAUGUCACCGUUGCUACCCAGCUGUGAGCAAAUCCGGCUUCUGCUGGAUCACUAUUUCGCGACAAUUCACACGUUGAGGUGCUUUGCUUUCAUCCACAAACCUUCAUUUUUACAAAGUUUAGAGGAAAUUCUGGUCAAUGGUGAUCAGAACGCUCUUCUUCUGAUCAUGUGCGCGCUAGGUGCUCAGUUCUUUGCUUUAGAGUACAGUGAGACAGUACAGACACUCCCACAGGCUUUCAUCCUUACCUCUGGAAAAGAAUGGGCUAAACGCUCGGAGAGCUGUAUUCUUGCUGAGCUAGACAAAAUUGCGAUCGAUAACCUUUCGGCUGCCGUUCUUCUGCAUGACUAUGCGCUCCGCAUGGGGAAUUUCGCCAAAGCCUUCAUGCUGAGUUCAAUUACGACGCGCAUGGCUCAAGCGCUUCAGAUCAAUCUGGAACACUCCACAGACAUUCUAUGUCAGGAUUCGAGGAGUCUUCUAUCCGCCAGUGCCAAGGAGGCUCGUCGUCGUUUGAUGUGGACAUGUUACAUUAUCGACGCUCUCGUCGGCAGUGGUGUGGAUCAGCUGACAUUCAUCGAUGAGGAGGAUGUUAAGAUCCAACUACCAUGCAGUGAAAGCAAUUUCAUUCUACAAAAGCCAUGUAUCACAGAGACCCUGGAGGUGGGAAAGCUCCUGAAAUUUCUCGAACCAGAGGCAACAUUGACAAAUCCGGCUGAUAAUAUGGAUAUGAUGGCUUCGCUUAUUCGACAUAUUGAGAUAAGGAAGAGGGUGCUAAAAUACAUCAAGAACCUGGGCACGGCCAAGCUACCAUGGCUUCCAGACUCGGAAUUCGCUGAACUCGACGCAGAAUGCCGGAAUUGGUAUGAAACUCUCCCCGACACCCUGAAAUUCAACCCUACGGCCAUCUACAUCCGCAAGGAAAUGUCGCAGCUUAGUUCUCUCUGUGUCCUUCAUUACGCCUAUCACCAGACCAUGUGUGAUCUAUACCGGAUUGGAGCACCUGCGUUAUACAAGCUUCGGGCCAGGUUUCGGUUUCCACCAGAACAAUCAGACUUCCUCCACCAUCUACAGCGAACUCUCUAUGAGCAUGCGAAGAGCCAUGCUGUAAUUACCGCCGAAGGAUUGAAGCAUGGAGUUAGAAUCCUCGCGGACUCGUGGGUGCCCUCAAUUGUAUACGAUAGCAGUCGCAUCAUGCUUUACUUUGCUAUGCAUCUUGUGAAUCCUGCCACCGAGGACGGUAAAUCUAUCUUAGCAGAGACAGUUCCGCAUCUGCAAAACAAUGUAAAGGCACUAAGAAAGAUGAGAUCUCUUUUCGCGAUCGCGGAACCUCUGUGUGCCACAGCGGAGGCGAUGCUUGAGAAGGUCUGUGUGAAUUCGGAGAUCCUUGAACGAAGCAUCAUUCCGGAUGAUCCUUACAUGCCGAACCCGAAUGAUAUGGACAGGCCCAGCUUUCCUGGUACUCCGGCUCAAACGUCCCCCGAUUACGUUUUGAACCCUCUUUCAAUCUACCGCAUGGCUCGCAAAGAAAUUCCUGAAAAGCAUGCUCCGGAAAAGACAAGCUCACCUUCGACAAGCAGUCUGCAACAAUCCCAGCAUACUGGGCAUCAGCAACUUCGUGUGACGGACGGAUUCGCAACAUUUCCGGCGGACUUGACCGUAGACCUGAGUGCGGAUGAGCAGGCAUCUCUUGAUGAGUUGCAGGAAUUCUUUACAACGGACCUAGGAUGGACAUGGCAGCCUGCAGAGACCGCAGUGGAAUCCUCAACGGAAGUAGGCGGGGUGGACCCGCCUUGGUUUACCAGUUUAUUCAAGCAGUGA